UCUCACCUUUUCCCUUUUUUGUCCAGAGUGACUGAUUUGUUGUUUUUUUGGUUUAUUCAUGUAUUUUUUACAGGGGGAGGGGGUUCUUCUCAAAGAUAACUAAACGGAUUCGUGGUGAACAGAGCCCGUGCACUGGUCAUUUUGAAAUCCUGAGACCAGAUGGAACCGCGAUCCCAGUAAAUUCAGAAGAUCAGAACUGCCUCUACCACGCUGUUGCCCAGGCCACCUGUAAAAAUCCAGGUGACGUAGGAAAAGAGGCACGGAUCCUUCGGGAGCAGGUCAGAAACAAUCUUCAGCAAAACCUACCCAAAUACGCAGGAGCUCUGAAGCUGCAGAAAGGAUAUGAAGAAACCUGUAAUUCUCCUGAAAGAUAUUACAUAUGUGGAGGAGAUCGAAAGGCACGAAAAAAAGCCGUAGACGAUUUCAACAGCAUCUUGGGCGACAUGAGCAAGAAAGGUUUGAGUCCAGAGGAAUUACGAGAUAUCGAAGAACAACAUCUGGGUUUGGUUGGAGCGCACGCUGAUGUGUACAGAAUCCGGAGGCAAACCUCAAAACAAAGAGAAUGUGGUGAAAACAGGUUGGCGGUGGAAGCCGACCACGUCCCACCUAAAUGUGUCUUUCAGAAUGCCCUUAAAAGGUUGCAGGACCCUGAGAACGUAAAGUUAAGAGAGGACCUGAAAAACAAAAGCCCCAACGUCUUUGCUCUGUUGGAUAAAAACGGAGACCGCGGGCUGUGCAGAGAGGUUCUGAAGCCGCACCACGAGGCAGGCCUGACCUGGCGCAACAGAAAAGAGUCUCGUAUAAUCAGCGAGAAGCUUGAGGAGAUUCUUAUUUCUGGAGACGGGGAAAAACUGGUGAAGAUGUCGCUGCUGGCAGCCAAUCCAGUCACAUCCAAUUCUCUCAGAGAGGAUGCAGGAAUCCCCUCGCUGAACAUCUCAAAUAUGUCCAGAGACGCAACGCAGCUCUACCACGAUGUUGGAGACAAGCUGCUGGUGGAAGGUUACUACAAGAAAGGAGUCCUGAAUGAGGAGGAGAAGAACAGCAUCAUGGACUGGCUGAAGGGCGGAAACCUGUACUCAAAGAACACGUCAGAGUACCAAGAGAUGUGCCGCGAGCUGAGAGCCAAGAUACAGAAAGACAACAACAACAGUGGAAAAUAACAACAGAGUGUGUGUGUUUACCUGAACGUAUCAGACAUCCAAACUGAGAAAGCUCAGUUUUAUUUGAUGUUUUUAUCAUUUAUAUAUUUUGUUAUCCUCUCUGACCCUUUCAUCAUCAUUCUCUUUUCCUCUUUUUGAGAAAAGAAAGAAGGAAAAGAGUUUCUCUGAAAGAUUUUAAUCCGAGGAUGAAAAGCAGCUCAAAGAAAGUGAUUUGUAAUCACAGGAGUUGUUAUGUGUUCUCUGUGUAACACCUGUCACAGGUACCUGUGAGCGGGCCCUGGGCCUCUGCUUACAGCACAACAUAGGAAUCAUGAUAUGACUUGUGUAAUUAAACCACAACACAAGAGGUUCAUUUAAACGCAGCAGGCUAACCUCACUGAUUCCAGAUCAGAAA